AUGUUCCAAGGAGGCAUCUGGACGAAGUUGCAAGACUACUACAAAUGGUACGUCCUGGGUUUGGUAUCCGUUGGCUACAUACUUGGAGAACUUGGGCAUUACCUAAUAGGUACGACAUCGAAAGUGACAGCAGACGAUCUAAACUACGGUGACAAAUCGUGCAUGCUGAAUGCGACGCAUCUAACCCUCAGCCAACUGCCCGUCGUGUGUGAAAAAGUCAACUCCACAGAAUUAUGUGAGUCCCUUACGCUGAACGGUACGAGGUACUGCGAGUGGGGUCACAACGGCCUGGGGAUCGACUAUCAGGUGUUGGCGGGGCCAGCUUAUAUGGCGGUCUUCACCGUCGUGGGGGUCAUCAUCGGAGUGGUGGCUGACAAAUUCAACAGGGCUCGCAUUCUCUCAGCUUGUACUUUGGUCUUCGUGGUUGCUAUCCUUCUAAUGGGCACAGUGACCGAAUAUUGGCAUUUGGUGCUACUUCGCAUGCUUAUGGCCGCUGGCGAAUCCGGCUGCAAUCCCCUAGCCACUGGUAUACUGACGGAUCUCUUCCCAGAACACCAGAGAGCGUUGGUGCUGUCGAUCUUCAACUGGGGGAUAUACGGUGGUUACGGUAUUGCAUUCCCCGUGGGAAGGUACAUUCCCCCAUUAAAUGCUUGGGGAUUGAGCUGGCGCGUCUGUUACUAUGGAGCUGGUGUUAUCGGUAUCAUCAUUGCUGUGCUCACCUUUUUAACGCUUCGCGAACCGGAAAGGACGACUAUUGGUGAAGAGGGGGCUGUUAGCACGAAAGCACGAGAUGCGGCUUUGGAAUCGGGCAAGAAAAUCCCUCAAAUAACGAUCUGGCGUGUCAUUGCACAGCCCAGGGUGUUGCUGCUGUGUUUAGCCGCUUCCAUCAGACAUAGCGGCGGCAUGUGCUUCGCGUACAACGCGGACCUGUUCUACCGCGACUACUUCCCCGACGUGGACCUGGGCUGGUGGCUGUUCGCCGUCACCGUCGGCAUCGGCUCCGUCGGCGUCGUCGCCGGCGGCGUCAUCUCCGACAAGUUCGUAGCGAAAAUGGGCGUGAGGUCACGUGUGUUGGUGCUGGCGUUGUCACAACUUAUAGCCACACUACCAGCCUUCGGAUCGGUUGUGUUCGCUCCUCUAUGGGCCAUGAUCACUCUCGCUAUUUCCUACUUCUUCGCUGAGAUGUGGUUUGGCAUUGUGUUCGCUAUAUUAGUGGAGAUCGUGCCCCUGUCCGUCCGUUCCACGACUGUUGGAGUGUUCCUGUUCGUCAUGAACAACAUUGGCGGGAACCUUCCCAUCCUAGUAGACCCCGUGUCAAAGGCUAUCGGCUACAGGGAGGCUAUUAUGAUCUUCUACGCCGGAUUUUAUGGAAUCAGUAGCAUCCUCUUCUUCCUUACGAUGUUCCUAAUGGAUGGACCAGUGGAGAGACAGCCUGAAUCAACGGUUAAACCCAGCGGCUUAGACAACAGAGCCUUUACCCAGGACGAACUUCCGGUCAGGAAUGGCGGCAGAACUCUUCCUACAGCACCCAUAGACGACAGUAAACUGUAG